AUGCGCAUGCAAAAAGCCUCUUCCACUCGUCGCAAGAAAAGAGCGACAACAGACGACAUCAACACUGCACCCAGAAAACGCCGCGCUCGCUAUGCUCUUCGCGCCUGUUGCGAGUGUAAACGCCGAAAAGUGCGCUGCGAUGGCCACAUGCCAUGCGAGCAUUGUAAAAGUCGAUCUAUUCAGUGCCUUUACGAUACGGAUCCAAAUUUGCUUACAAACUGUGCGUGCGACGCUUCACACCAGAGGAAUGACUGCAGCGAGCACGAGAACGACGGCAAAGAGGAUAUCAGCGAGAUUGGACGAUUGACUCGCCUAGUUGAGAACAUGCAGGCGCAGAUAAAUACGCUGAUUGAACUUAACAAGUCACCAAGUUACGGCCGUGGUCAAAGUGAAAAUCCUGCAAAGAGUCGGGAGACUCAAGCAUAUAACCCCUCUUUAUGUUCAAUAAGAAGUUGCUCAGAUAUAACCUUCGAUAUCGACAGUGCAAAACAUUCACCGCCCCGAUACUGGGGUGCAACCAGUUCCGACUACACUCUAAAUGUAGUUCGAUUCUGUAUUCAGCCGGCAGAAUCGCGUUGUGGUUCAUCGUGCAGCCACCGAAAGAUACAAUGCUACAAUCACGACUCAACGCCUUAUAGUCAAAAUGGGAGUUAUGAAGGGGUGGAAGAGUGUUCCGAAUCACACCAGCGAAAGAUGGCCUGCUUCUGUUCAGAUUGCACACGGCAUCUGCAGAAACUUGGCAAAACUCAAGCACUACAGCUCAUUGACAUAUACCAGGAAGUAUUUGGCUAUCUACAUCCUAUUCUUGACAUCGAACAACAAAAGUCACAGGUCAAUGCAAUUUAUGCUGUCCUUGAAUCUGGGCCAGAUGUCAGAAGCAGUCAGACUAAGAUUGAACAAGACAGCCUUGACAUGACGAAACUUGUUCUUGCCGUUGCCCUUCUUGCACAAACCACAGGGCAAAGCGUUCCCGCCUCAGCUUUGUACAACAGCGUCCAAAAUAGGAUCCAAUAUGCUAUGAUGUCCGCUUCCAAAAAUAUCCAAACUGUCGUCCUCAUACUGCUUGCGGCCAUCUAUCACUUUUUCCACGACGACGUGCAAUUGGCAUGGAGAAUGGGUGGUAUUGCUGGGCGAAUGGCCAUGGAGCUGGGAUUGCACCACCGAGAUACUCGACAACGAGCAGAAGAUGAAUCUGGGGAUCGCAUCACUAUCACAAAUAUUCUCUGGAGCAUCGUAAUUCUUGAUCGACUAUGGAGCUGCAGCAUUGGUCUCCCUCAAAACUUUCAGGACGCAGAUUUUGCCAAAUCACUUCCUGAACCUGUAGAGGCGCCAUACUUGAAAGCUAUGGUAUCAUAUGCUUCAUUUACUCCCAGACUCUGGGACCACAAUAGCCGCUUGCUCAAAACUAAUGCCAUCGAGGAUGAAGAUCUAUUCGACGUCACGAAUAUCCAGAUUAACCAAUGGAAAGAGAGAUAUCUGGCCGGUUUAUCUUACGUUCACCCAAAAGAUCGUGUGGAUGACACCCGUCCUCAAUCUUUGCCCACGUUACUGUAUCUUCGCGCCAACCGGCUCCGAGGUUUAGUUGUCGCGUCUUACUUUUUAUCCGGCUCUCGUCUUGUUGGUAAUAAGCAAAUGGCUCAGUCGGGAAUUGAGAUUGCUUGUGAUACAAUUGCCGUACUUUCCGACUUGGAUGCGACAACUGACAUAUACCGCAAACAACAUCCGGUUUUCCAGCAUUUUUUGGCUUCGUCGAUAGCCUUGUUGUUUUUGGUCAUUUUGCAUGAAUCUGAGUCCAAAGAAGACUCAAACACUUCUCUUGGAGAGAGAUUCAACUUGACAAGUUUGAGUAAAAGUAUAUCCUGCGCUUUCGGUCUCGCAGAAGUUUAUUCGGAAGCCUCAUCUGCCUCUGAGCGACUCUGGAAGCGCAUGGUAUCCACGAGAGACAGACUAUCGAAACUGGGCAUCCCUUACACUGACCAGGAGGUGACUAUCAUUCUCACAUAUCGCAUCUAUGGCGUGCCCGCCAUGUCAUCUCCGGAAUUACUCGCAAUCUUCUGA